AUGAAUACAAAAACGUUAAUAUUACUAUCAGUUCUCUUUAUUGCGCUAUAUUUAAAUGUAGUUUGUGUUUCAGCUGAUUUCCCACCAGCUGUCGAUCAUGAAAAGAAGUGGAUGUUCUCCUACCUUACCGUUAUUAAUCAACCCAUGUCAUUUUAUUAUAAUCUAAUCAAGUGGAACCCAUACAAUAAUAUCGUCACUCCAUUCAGUAAAUGGAAUCCAACAUUGUUGACCGAAUUCAUCGAGUAUUCCCAUGAGAGAGGUGUCGCCGUUCACAACUUCUUACCGGUGAAUUGUACUGCCGUAGAUUGUCUGACUUUCAAGGGCUGGGCAAACACCGCCUUCCAACAUAUGCAAUCGAUAAACCCCAAGUAUAUCGCUUCGAUGGCUGUCGGUUGCUUAAAAGACUCUUGGUCGUUCUACAACGCCGAUUAUGCACAUUACUUCAUCUUGAUGUGCUACGACAUGGGUUGGAGUUCCAAUCCGCUGGCACCGACCUCGCCAAUCGUCGAAGUAAGAUACAACGUCAAUAUGUGGAAGGGUUACGUCAACAAACCGGGCAAAAUCAUCAUGGGACUUCCACUUUAUUCAUACUAUGCCAAUUGCACUGCCAUGAACUAUGGUCUGUUCGGAACUGUCUGUAACGUCGAAGGUAUCAACACCAACCCUUCUGUCGGUUACAACGGAAUCUACGACCUGGUGAAUAACUAUCCAGCGGUUUCCUAUCAAGAGUUGAAUGGUGUAUCGUUUGCCAAUGUAUUCCGUCCAGGUUCAUUGAAUGUUACACAAUUUAUGUUUGACACACCAGCCAAUCUCUACCAAAAGUAUAUCGGUAUGGGUAUUGGUGGUACUGCUUGCUGGAGAAUCGACAAUUUAGUAGGUCUACCACAAUCUGUCAUUAAUACUUUUUACAUUGCAUUAGAUCCAUAUAACUAA